AUGGGUAACUACAACUCGAGAAAGAAAAGCAAGGCUCCCAAGCAAGGACGGAAGGAGAAACCUCCAGAUAUGGAGAAGGCCAAGAAGAAGAAGCCCUUCUUUGGCCACUUGAAGAGAAAAUCAAGUCCCAAGAUUGUGCUGCUCCUGCCCUUGGACAAGAGGAACCAACUGGCAGAGACCAGCAUACCCCCUGGACUCUGGGCAGGGAGGCCAGAGGAUGAGGCUGGGGCAACAGCAACACUAGCAGCCUCCUCACUGAGAGGGGCAGGUGAUGGGACCGAUCACCGGGAGGACUCUCAGACUCAUGAGAUGAAGAAGAUUUUGGUCUUCUUGCUACUACUGGAUGCCCACCUACAAGAGGAGUGGUGGGGAAUGGAUGGUGGUACCAAGGGUGCCCAGACCUGGCAGGACCUUCACACCCAUCUGUUGUCUGAGAAUGAGACUGAAGGCGAGGCUGAGGCCCAGCCACAUCCACAAAGGCACUGGCACCGGGCUCGCCACCAGUGCUGA